AUGAACCUCGUAUUCGGGUCGUUCUGCCCGUUACAUGAAGGAAACGACCGUUGUCCGUGCAGGACGCUGACCACCAAUGCUAGCAUCUGGACAGCGGCAGAGCUGGGAGACGUGGCGCGUGUGAGGGUGUCAGUGGGGGUGAAGGGACGACGGCCUGACUCCCUCGACCCGCACGGCUACUGUCCUCUUCACCUCGCCGCCCAGAACGGAAGGCUAUCGGUGGUGCUGUACCUCCUCGAGGCCGGCGCUAGCCCCGACGGCGUCCCUGCCGACGCCGGAGGUUGUGGAGCCACGCCACUCCACAGGGCCGCUUUUGCCGGGCAGCUGCCUUGCGUCCGGGCCCUCCUCUCCGCCGGCGCCAGCACGAACGCCGCCGACACCUCCUUCGCCGACAUGAGAACGCCUCUCCACAAGGCCGCGAGCCAGGGCCACAAGGAGGUGUGCGUCGCGCUCAUGGAAGCCGGAGCAGAUCCGAACGCCUGCGACGCCGCCGGAAACUCCGCGCUAGAUGUGCUCUGCCUUUCGGUUCCGAUUCUCCCGGAGGCCAUGCCUGCGCGGAGUCCACAUAGCGAGGGCAGCAGCGGCGCAGCAGGUGGCGGCGGCAGCGAAGCAUGCAGCAUCGUGGUGCUGUCGAGCGGGGCAGGGAACAACUGGGGCGGGGUGAGGGAGGCGCUGGAGCGACACGGGGGUCUUCGUCGCAUGCGCGCCCGGGUCGAAGGGUUAGGGAACGCCGGAAGCGGUGGCGGUGGUGACCACCAAGGCGAAGCCGGCAGUGGGUGCAUAGAUCCCGGCGCUAGGAGUAGCGAGUGUGAGAAAGAGAGCGCUUCUGUUCUUUCGGCUGAGCCCGUCGUCCAGACAGCGGGAGCCGAGUUGGGUGUACGGGAGCCCGAGGUAGCGGCGCUGCCAGGACAAGAGACAAGCUGCUCGAAAAAACGAAGCGGUGUCGACGCCGCCGAACUCGCCUCGACGCCAUCGCAAGGACAGCUUGGGGCAGUUUCUGUGGCCGGAACCGAACGCGUUGUUCUGGAGAGAGCUGUCGGAAAGAGUCCCCGGUCUGGCGGCGGCGGCGGCGGCGGCGUUCCCUGCGGCGAGUGCCUCCUUCCCAAGGUGGUGAUGGUUCGCACGACUUGUUGUGGGGGCUUGAUUUGCAAACCUUGCGCAAGGGAUGUCUGCGCUCGUCGGCAAAGUUGCAGACGGUGUCGUUACCGUGGGGACUGA